AUGCAAGUGCCGGUUCUCGGCUGCACUUUCCUCACGCUGUCAGAUCGUGAGGAAAGUACUGCCGAGAACCGGCAGUUGUCACAGCGGGGAUCGGCACCGAUCAUCAGGGCACUGAUGAUCAGUGCCCUGAUGAUCGGUGCCCAGCAGUGCCACCCGCAAGUUCCGCCCACCUGUGCCCAGCACUCUGCCCACCUGUGCCUAGCAGAUCACCCACCUGUGCCCAGCAGUGCACCCACCUGUGCCACUCUGCAGUGUCACACACCUGUGCCCAGAAGUGCCACCUACCUGUGCCCAGAAGUGCCACCCACCUGUGCCCACCCACCUGUGCCCACCAGUGCC